AUGUCGUUCUUCAAGUCAGCGUCCAGUGAAGCUUUAUGUGAUCUCGUAACAGACAUGGCGGCGAAAAUAUGUGAAAACAACUUUAGUCUUGGCCUUGACCAGUCAAUAAACACGAAUAGCAACAGCUGCAAUCAACCGGUACGAUAACAUUUUACAUUAGUUUCAAAGGACCGAAAGUUUGACAAAUGUAAGAACAAUAUGUACGAAAAUAUGAAGAUAAGCAGCGAGCACCAAAACCUAGACGCUUACUCGUCAAGCUGUGAAAUAAUAAUAAUGAUUAUUAAUUAUUAAUUAUUAAUCAUAGUUAUUUUAAGUUCUUUGUAUGUUUGCAUGGCGAUAAAAUAUAUAAUAGUUUUGUUUGUGGAAACACCACGUAAUAAAUUUACGUGGUGUUUCCACAAACAAAACUAUUGCAUAAUUAUUUUGUUAUAUAUGGUACAUUUAUAGUCACAUCAUUUAGAAUUUAGAAUUAUUAUGUUACGUUAAAAUUUUGUUAUAUGGUGCAUUAGUCACAGAACAUUUUAUUAUUAUAGGAUUGCUUCAUAAGUUGAGUUAAAGUUAAUAAGAUGUAUUUACAGAUUGUAUGUAUUUUUUCAUUUUUAUAUAGAGCAUACAUUAAUACAUGCAUGAUACAUUAAUAAAUGCCCAUUUUGUAACUCUUACUCUGUCUGUUUUUAUUAUAAAAAUGGUGGCUUUCUGACAGUUGAUUGUGGUAGAGAAGAGACUGCAAUCUGAACAGUUUUAUUAUAUCAUCAAAUAUAAACAAAGUGACAAUACAGCUGGGUAUAUAGUAACUAUAGUUAACUAUAAAAACUUUUGUUUGUGUUAGCUUUUACCAAGCUUGCCGUUGGCGUAUAGGGUAAAGGUGCUGCAUGCGGAAAGUGAAACGCAGUCCGGGUCGGGUUGUGUUUUGUCUCACUUAGUAUAUAUUUUUCUUAAAUAAUUUUUUAAACUUUUUUUUCCACCUUUUCUAACUUUCAAAAAGUUACGAUUAGCAGUUAUGACCUUGGACUUAUUAAGAUAUUUAUGUCGCUAAAUUUAUUUAGAUAUUUUGUCGCUAAAUUUGAUUGGCUAACGUAAGACAAAGGGAAUGGAAUGUUGUGCUCGGGUGAGCAGCCGCUUAAUUGUGGGGAGAAACCUCCACACAAAGAGCGGUUGCGAAGGAGACUACUAUAUAUAGCCAGCAUUUCACUAAAUAGCUGGCUGUAUCAGCCAGCAGUUUACUAAAUAGCCGGCUGUAUAGUCACGUUCAAAAUAUAGAAAUGUUUAAUCAAUAAUUGUGCAUGAAAUUUUUUUCAUAGGAAGGGUGCAAUUUCUUUGUGCAGAUACAUGUACGCCUAGCCUACCUAUUUUUCACUUUGUUUUCAAAAUAAGCACCCCCAAAAUGGUGAAUUUGGCAUUCCUGAGAAAGGCUAAUUCAAUUGAUUAUUAAAUAAUCUUGGAAUUUAUAAUACUGGCCAAAACCGUUAUCAUACUAUAUAAUUAAAAAUUUUCUCAAACUAAACAUCAGCCAGCUGUGCAAAUGGCACAUUUUAAUCACAAAUAGACCAUGUCAUUUAAUGCGCAGUCGAAACUCCGAACUGAUUAUUGUUCUCGCUGGCGGUAGCGCCAUGGCAGCGCAUCGACUGAUUAAUCUUUCAAUCACAUGAGUAAAGAUUGCGGAAUACCAUUGACUUGUGUAAAAAGUCGUAGUUUAGAUUUUUAUGCUUUGUUCUAUAUUCGACCACAUAUGGUUAAUUAACUUUAAAUGUUAAUAAGUCGAUUAACAUUAGGUAAUUGCUCUCAGUGGGAGAGUUGAAACAUCUGUACAAUAUGUUGACGAUGCACAUCUGUAAGUAAGCUAGGCAGUGUCAGAAAAACCAAGCAUUGACCAUUGUAUUGUUGAAGUAGGAAUGACACUUGAGUAUAUACAGCAGGAAUUGCGAAGGUAUAAUACUUCUGUUUCUCCAAAGAAACUUAUGUUUCCACCUCUGUCGUUACAGGUUUCUUGUAAGGACACUGAUCGAUCUUUUGUGGAGAAUUAACAAUGUAAUAAUAUUCUACAAAAUUCCGUGAUAUUCCGGCAUAUUCCGUGAUAUUCCGGCAUUUCCGGGUUUUCACAACGCCAUAAAUGUAUGGACAGUCACCUUUGGUUAAUUUUCUUGCAUAAUCACUACUUCUUGUACAUGUAGACUGUAAUUAUUUCUAGUUUUUAAGAUUUCACAUUCAUUAUUCCGCUUGCAUGCAUUUUCACAGCAAAGGCAUCGAAAUUGCGCCUCGUCGCUUCCAUUUUGAGUUUUUGACAACCUUUACCUUCGGAAUACUUGACACCCCGUUUACAAAGUAAAUUUCAGCAAGGAUGACACAUGACACGAGCGCUGCCUGCAUUCACUAAACUUCGUGUUUAUUAUGCAUUUCUAGAAUGUGUUGGGGAACAUUAAUUACUUCUUUGCAGGGACAGCUGAGUAAUUUCUUGAUGUGGUUAAAUAAUUCUGUAACUUUUCAUGCCUUAGCGGAGAUAAUUCUGAAUUCAAAACAACUCGAUGUAGAACUAUUUUAUUUGCCAGUCAUAGUAAUAAAAAAAAUGCUUUUUUCUACCAUAGGUUGGACCGCCCGUAAAGUAUUUUUCAACGCAGAAGUCUUUGAUGCUUGGGAAAGGUUCAAUGGGUACAUUUGUUUAUGUCGGCAUCAUGGAAGAUGGUACUGAAGUGGCUGUAAAGAGGAUCAUUAAACAGGAGUUUGACGAUACAGCUCAAAAUGAGCUAGAAAUUCUGAGUCGAAUUGAUGCAAGCAAGUCACCCUUUAUAGUAAGCUAUCAAAAAUGUUUAGAAGACGCCACUUUUGUGUAUAUAGUUUUGGAUCUCUGCGAAGAAACAUUGAAGGAACACGUUUGUACUCAAAGUUUGGAAUAUCUACAAAAUCAUGGUCCAAGAAUGAUCAAAGAAAUCUUAAGCGGAAUUGAAUUUCUUCACAGUCGAAAUAUUUUGCACAGAGAUCUCAAACCAUCAAAUGUCUUGGUUGAUAUCGAAGGUCACAUGAGAUUGGCAGACUUUGGAAUAAGUCGUGUUUUGAAUGAAGAAGAAACCACAGUUCUUACACAUGCGAAAGGAACCCGAGACUGGAUGCCCGCCGAAGUAAUUGAAGUAAUAAGUAAAGAAGAGGUAGGGCGUUUUAAAAAGAAAUCUGAUGUUCAGGUCGCAGGUAUGAUCGCUUUCUUCAUUUCAACCAAAGGUGAGCAUCCUUUUGGUCCUGUGCUUGAACGAAUGAUAAACAUUUCCAAAGGAAAUCCUGUUAACUUACACAUGCUGCGCGAACUUCAAGUUCGGAGUUUUAUUUCAUGGUUGAUCAGUCAUAACAUUGAUGAUAGACCUUAUGCUCAUGAGGCGUUGGCAAAUCCCUUUAUGGUUCAUGUACCAAAAUCUCUCAGGAAAAUUAUAUUACAACAAUCCUGUAUAUAG